AUGAAAUUGAAUUCUGAUUCAAAUAAACCACGCAUUGGCUUAACAUAAGAUCAGGUUUUUCAAAAUGAAUACCUAAGUUAUUUAAAGUAGUUAUCUAAAGAAGAAGAUUUAAAUUUGAUGUCAGAAAUAAUUUAACCUGAAUUGUUCAACAUUAAUGAAAUUUCUAGUUUCAAAGAAUAACUAAUUUAAAAUAAAUUCCAGCCUCUCUAAUUGAAUUUUCCUAUUGAAAAAGGAUUUGAUGUCAUUUCUAACAGCUUAUAAGAGCUAGAUAAUAAAAUUGUAAAUUUAGAACAAUAACUUUGUAUUGGAGAAAAGUAAAAUGGUGUAAAAGAUGAAGAGAUAUAAAAUCUAAGAACAGAUUAUUUUUUGGACAAUAACAGAUUAUAAUUAAAUAGAUUGGAGUUUAAUUAUGCUAAAUUAAAAGAAGGAGAUUAAAAAUGCAAUUAUUAAUAAACAUAAAAAUCUUAUCCAGUUCAAGCUUAAAUAUUAUAAUUCUCACAUGAUUUAUAUCAGAAAGAUCAUUUUAGUUUAGACAAUGAUCUAUAACAGAAGAUUUAGUUUCACAUGGUUGGUUAAUCUUUGAAAGAAAUAGGAGAUUUGGUAAAAUUAGAUUAGUCACUUAAUGCUUGGAAAAAAUAACUGUAAAAUAUAAAAAUGUUCACUCUAAAUUUAUAUGAUUUACAUAAAAAGUCUACUUUUUUAUCAUUAUUGAGAUAUUUGAUAAGCAUUAAAAGUAAUGUGCUUUGCAUUUAAGAUAUUGAAAUUAGGGAUCGUUAUAAUAAAAUUAAAAAGAAAAAAGGUAUAAAAAAUUCUGAAGCCUUUGAACUACUUGAUGAGGCAUAUUAAAUCUGUUUAAAGAAUAGAAAUCUACAAUCACUUGAAAUCAUCAGCUCUAAUCCAAUUAAUUUCGAUUCGUUCUUAUCUGCUAUGACUAAUGUUGAUUUAGCAAUUAGCAAUAUCUGCUUUUUGAGUUUGAAAAUAAAUGAUGUAAAUGUAGAGUAGCAGCAGCUUUGCACUUUCUUUUCAUGUUUGAAAGAACUUCAGUAUUUAUAACACUUGACUCUUAAUAGUUUAAAAAUUAGUGAAUAAGAAACAUUAAAUAGCUUGAAUUAAGUUUUAAAAAAGUAAAAAUAUAUAACUCUUUAAAUUAGUUAUUUAAGUAAUUUGGUAGAUCUUAAUUUAAAUUUAGAAUAAGCGUAGUUUUUGAAUCUUCAAAUUGAUUUAGCUGAAUCUCAGUUAACAAAAAAGUAAUAGCUAAAUCUCUUUGUUAGUUUAUAAAGGGCUAGACAUUUAAUAUCUAUUGAAUUGGAUAUAUAUCAUGACUAAGGGUCAAGUAGUGAGCAAGAAAAAUAACAACAGAAUAACUAAGUAGUGUAAUAGCAAGAGAAUAAAAAGGAAAAAAAAAUAAAUGGAACGAGUUAAAAAAUAAAUAAUACCAAAAAAUAAAAUCAAAGCAAAAAAUAAAAAGGAAAAGAAAAAGUAGCAGGAGAAAUUGAAAACUUAAAUAAUGAAAAUUUUGAAAUUGAUGACAAAGACUUAUUGUAACUUUUCUUAGAUAGUUCUACUAAGUUAGAAAGUUAUGAUGUUAAAAUCAAAUACAGUCCCUUAAUAUUUAAAAUUCUAAUAUUACAACUCAAAAACAGUUAACACUUAUAAUAAAUGUAAAUAAACUUUUAAUCAUAUGAUUAUAUUGAUGUAUCUUAGAUAGAAGAAGUUAAAGAUCAAAACAUUAAAAAUAAAUCUACAAAGCAAAUGAUUGAGUAAGAAGUACUAGAAAUGGAUUUGUUAGAUAUGUUUGCAGUUCUUAAAAAAUGUUAAAAAUUAGAUCUAUUCAAACUAAAACACGAUUGCAUUUAUUUUGAGUACUUUAAAGUUAUAAAAGACAUUGAUUUAUACUCUCUGAGGCUAAAAAUAAAUCCUAAAUAUAGUAAUAUUAAAUAGGUUUUACUAUUUAAAAACUAAUUCUCUUUUGAUUUUGAUAAACUUAAAAGAGUUAGUAUAACUUCGCCUUACGAUAUAGAUGAUUUGAUGAUUAUUGACAAUUUAUGCAGACACCUUAGUGCCUGCCCUAAAGUUGAGAGCAUAAAACUAAAUCUUUUUGAUGAUUACAGCACAAAAAUUUGCAGAGAAAAGUAGAACUAUGAAUAUGAUUGUUCGUCUUCGUCUAUUUUUAACAACUUAAAUUAAAAGAAUGUUUUGGAGGAAGAAUGA